AAUCCAAUAAGCACAGCCAUGAACAAGUUCGCCACUCUUGCGGUAUUCAUCAGCGUCUGCCUCGCCGUUGGCAGCUGCAACUACGGAGGCCAGCACGGCGGCCCCGGCUACGGUCACCACCGCAGCAUCUCCAGCUAUGGCCAGCGUGGAGACGGCAGCGCUGCUGCUGCAUCGAGCGCCGCUGCUGCCGGUGGCAAUGAUCAGCGUCCCGUAGAGAUUGUUGCCGGUCCCCGUUAUGGCGGCAGCGAGCAACUGCGUCCGAUCCUCCUCGACUCUGGCUACCAGGGCGGCCACAACGAAUACGGCCGUGGACACGGAAACAUUGGACACCUCGUCGGCGGCGGCAGCUAUGGCGGACACAUCGCCGGCGGCAACCAUGGUGGCAACUAUGGCGGCCACCAGCGCGGCUAUGGCCGUCCCCGUUGGUCCGUCCAGCCCGCUGGCGCCACUCUGCUGUACCCCGGCCAGAACAGCUACCGCCGUUAUGCUUCCCCACCAGAGUACACCAAGGUGGUGCUGCCCGUGCGUGCCGCUCCCCCAGUUGCCAAGCUGUACCUGCCCGAGAACAACUAUGGCAGCCACGGUGGCUACCACAACGAGGGACCCAAGUACUAG